AUGGCGUUGGGCAAUGCCACCCACGUUAUAACAGAUGGGGUGUGCAACCCUGAGAGCCGGCUACUACGCAUUGAAGUCUUGGUGAUCUUGACCACAGUCCUUCUGCUGUUUCUUUUCUUCUUUGGCUCAACCCGGCGACGAUGGAAUUCCGCAUUCAUGAGGUCAUGCAUAUGGACGGCCUACACUUUAUCCCAAAACUUAAUACCCUACACGAUGGGACUGAUGCAAUCGGCUCCCUUCCACAAUCAGAUGUUUGGCAUAUGGGCACUGUUCUUCCUCUAUGCUUUCGGAAGUGUUAACUCCAUCUCCGCAUACAGUCUUGAAGGCAAUCUAGAAGGGAAAACGUAUGCAUUUCAAGUACUUGUUCAGGUGGUUUACGCUGUCCAACUGUUGGCCGUGAAUCACCCUUUUUGGCUGACUAAUGUGCAGAUUUGGGUGCUUUUUAGUGCCAGUUUCAUAAAGAUAUUUCAAAGAUUGGGAGCCUUCCAAUCGGCGAGCAGAUCAUCUGGGCUAGUGAGAAACACUAGAGUAGUCGCGGACUUCAUGACCUAUGAACAUGAACUGAGUGGCCCAGGCGAAACAGAUCCAACCGUCAUGAGAGGGUACAAAUAUUUGGUAGACGGAGAAAGAAAGGCACCAGCAGAAGCCAACCCAACAUCCUACGUACAGAAGUUGAAGAUAACAGACGAAGUUAUUACUGUUGAGAAGAUUUGGGAAUGCAAAGGAAGACUCCUAACCUCUGUUGGAGACCCGGAUGGAAAGUUGAAGGACAUCUGCCUCUCAUUUGCCUGGUUCAAGAUGCUCAAGCGGAGAUUCACGGGGUAUCAACUGCCUGAAUGCCACCUUCCGAAAACCUGGGAUCUCAUCGACCGUGGGUUCCUUUCCAACACUAUCACUUAUGAAAGAGCUUUCAGAGUAACUGAGGUAGAGCUCCAAUUCCUCUACGAUGCCUUCUUCACAAAGUAUGAAGCAGUUUUUGAAGACAUAUACACAAUGACCAAGAUUGUGACCGACAUCGUGAUCCUUUUGUGGAUCCUAGGUAAUGCUGUAAUAGCAAUUCUAGCGCUUAACCAUGCCACAAAGAACAUGAUCAACAUCGAUGUCCUGAUUACCAAUGCAGUUUUAAUCGUCAUCUUCGCUUUGGAACUUUUGGAAUUUGGUGCUAUUAUGAUUUCAGAUUGGAUGAAGGUAUUCUUGAUAUGCAGAUACGUCCAGAAACCCUCAAGGCUCCGUGAGAAGGCGGUCCAGUUUGUUUUCUGGCUGCAUCUCUCCAAACCAUGGCAGCGGAAAAUUGGACAGUACUCGCUUCUUGAAUCUUUCAACCACUACCCUCCGAAUCUACUAUGCUUGAUGACCAUUGGUUUUGUAGAUAAGACUAGAAAAGGGCAGAAAGCCAGCAGAUCCGUAAACUUGCCUGAAGAAGUGAAGAGUGCAGUAAUUCGUUCCUUAGAAACCAACGGCCGCCAACUCUCAAAUGGGCAAUCUUCCUUAAAAAGAAACCAAAUGGAGGAUGACCUCUCUUGGGCAUGCAACCUAGAGACGCACACUCACAGUAUUUUAGUUUGGCACAUUGCCACCAGUUUCUGUGAGAUCGCACCAUCCCAACCGCAUACCGGAGUACAAUCUCCCGAACGCCAAAUAGAAGAACAGCCAGCCGAAUGCCAUACAGAAGAACAGCCAGCCGAACGUCAAAGAGAAGAAGAACAGCCAGCCGAACGCCAAAGAGAAGAAGAACAGCCAGCCGACCGCCAAAGAGAAGAAGAGCACCACCGCCUUGUCGCCACCAGCUUAUCUAGAUAUUGUGCUUACCUGGUCGCCUUUGUCCCGGUAUUAUUGCCUGAUCAUGCUUAUACUACUGAAUUGAUUUUUGACAAGGUUAUAAGGGAAGCAAGGGAGAUUCUUGAAGAAUGCCGGCCCAAAAGUAGAUUAUAUGAAAACAUGAUGAAGAUCGAUGGGGGGAAUUCUGGUGGAACUAUAAUAGGAGACGGCGUUAAACUGGGGAAGCAACUGUUAGAGAUACAAGACCAAGGGCGGAGAUGGAAGGUGUUGGCAGAUUAUUGGGCAGAGAUGAUGUUGUUCAUUGCACCCUCAGACAAUGCAACCGCACAUGCAGAGAACCUCGCAAACGGUGGUGAAUUCAUUACUCAUUUAUGGGCUUUUCUUACUCAUGCAGGCAUUCUCGAUAGAAACACACCACCAGCCCGCCGCCGCCGCCGCCCCCCAGCCUGA